AUGACCAUGCAGGUGGUGAUCUGGGAGGCCGGCGCGGUGGUCGCGCGGAAGGCGGAAGAGGAGCGGCGGGUGGCCAACCUGGAGUACACGGAGGUGGAACGCGUGCUGGGCGAGGUCGGCGGUGCGAAGUGGCGCAACGCGUUGCAUGUCUGA